AGAUAAAUACCGCACCAUCAGCAGUCCUAUAGUCAUCGUCUCUCUCUCUUCCCCCAUGGCUGUGACACUCCAGUUGGGCCGAUUAUGCGUCAGACCGGAAACCUUCGUGCCGGAGAAAAAGCUUUCCGGAACUGGAUCUCUCCAGUUCCGGAGACCUUCAUCCGUCCGAUGCGGGGCGGGAGGUGAGAACGUCCCUUCGCCGCCGAUGGUGAUGGACUCGGACUUCGACGCGAAGAUGUUCCGUAAGAACUUGACAAGGAGCGAGAAUUACAACCGUAAAGGCUUCGGCCACAAGGAGGAGACUCUCCAGCUCAUGAAUCAGGAGUACACCAGUGACAUAUUAGAGACACUCAAAGCAAAUGGAAGCACAUACACCUGGGGAGAUGUUACCGUGAAGCUCGCUAAAGCAUAUGGUUUUUGCUGGGGGGUCGAGCGAGCUGUCCAGAUUGCGUAUGAAGCGAGAAGGCAGUUCCCGGAGGAGAGAAUUUGGAUUACUAACGAAAUCAUUCAUAACCCGACUGUCAAUAAGAGGUUAGAGGAGAUGGACGUUAAAAUUAUUCCUGUCGAGGAAAGGAAGAAGCAAUUUGAUUUAGUAGAUAAAGAUGAUGUUGUGAUUCUGCCUGCGUUCGGAGCUGGUGUUGACGAAAUGUAUGUGUUGAAUGACAAAAAGGUUCAAAUUGUCGACACGACUUGCCCUUGGGUAACAAAGGUCUGGAACAUGGUUGAGAAGCACAAGAAGGGGGAAUACACGUCAAUAAUCCAUGGUACUUAUAGUCACGAAGAGACUAUCGCAACUUCAUCUUUUGCAGGAACAUACAUUAUCGUGAAAAACAUGAAAGAGGCAAAAUACGUGUGUGAUUACAUUCUCGGUGGUGAACUCGAUGGGUCUAGCUCCACAAAAGAGGAAUUCAUGGAGAAAUUCAAAUAUGCUGUUUCAAAGGGUUUUGACCCGGACCGCGACCUAAUCAAAGUCGGUAUUGCAAACCAGACGACGAUGCUCAAGAAUGAAACGGAAGAGAUUGGGAAGUUGAUAGAGAGGACAAUGAUGCGCAAGCAUGGAGUAGAGAACAUCAACAGCCAUUUCAUCAGCUUCAACACAAUCUGUGACGCUACUCAAGAGCGACAAGAUGCGAUAUACGAACUGGUGGAGGAGAAACUUGACCUGAUGCUAGUCGUAGGCGGGUGGAACUCAAGUAAUACCUCGCACCUUCAGGAAAUCUCCGAGGCUCGUGGGAUCCCUUCUUACUGGGUCGACAGCGAGCAACGGAUAGGCCCGGGGAACAAAAUUGCGUACAAGCUCCACUAUGGGGAACUGGUCGAGAAGGAGAACUUUCUCCCAAAGGGACCGAUAACUAUCGGUGUGACAUCGGGUGCUUCAACUCCGGACAAGGUUGUCGAAGAUGUUCUGGUGAAGGUUUUCGACAUCAAACGCGAAGAAUCUUGAUCUAAUCGAUCGUUCGAAUGUAAAACCUUUGAAACGAAGAGGGGGG